AUGGAGGACGCAGAUUUGGAACAGAUCAGGAAAGCUCGUCUCGAGCAGCUCAAAGCCCAGAGCGCGGCCAGGGGAUCGUCAGGCGGCAGCGGCAGCAGCCAGGAACAAGCGCAGAGACAGACCACAGCCGAGGCACGCAAAUCGAUCCUGAACCAGAUCCUCGAGCCCGAGGCCGCCGACAGGCUGGGGCGCAUCCGGCUGGUCAAGGAGCAGCGGGCGACCGACAUCGAGAACCGGUUGAUCAUGCUUGCGCAGACGGGCCAGCUGCGCCAGAAGGUGACCGAGAGCCAGCUCAAGGAGCUGUUGAAUGCCAUGGCGGACAACAAGGAGGAGGAGAAGAUCGUGGUCAACAGGAGAAAGGGGUGGCAGGAUGACGACGACGACGACUUGCUGGACUUGUAA